CCCCGGAUACCUGAAGCCGGCAAUAUGAAAAUGUUAACUCUAUUCUCAAAUCUUUCUUUUUUAUGAAUUAAUUCGCAACCGGAAACUGAACAAGAACAACAAAAACAACUACAAAAACCUAAUGGAUUAAUUAGCACAAGUAUGAGAAGAAGACUUUUACUAUCAGCUGGAAGCACUCCUGUCUUAAUUUAUAAAGGUGCGCAGCCGUGGACACCAUUAGCGCAGGCUAAAGCUUUUGCGGUGAAAACACAGCCUUUAGUGUUUAAAGGAGAAAAGGAAGAAUUUAAUGAGUUGAAAAGUGAUUUGUGGAUUUAUUUACAUUAA